AUGAGCAGCAAUGAGUGCUUCAAGUGUGAACGAUCUGGCCACUGGGCCUGGGAAUGCCCUACUGGAGGAAGCCAUGGUCGUGGAAUGAGAAGCCGUGGCAGAGGUGGUUUUACCUUGGAUAGAGGUUUCCAGUUUGUUUCCUCAUCUCUUCCAGACAUAUGUUAUCGCUGUGGUGAGUCUGGUCAUCUUGCCAAGGAUUGUGAUCUUCAAGAGGAUGCCUGCUAUAACUGCAGUAGAGGUGGCCACAUUGCCAAGGACUGCAAGGAGCCCAAGAGAGAGCGAGAGCAGUGCUGCUACAACUGUGGCAAACCAGGCCAUCUGGCUCGUGACUGCGACCAUGCGGACGAGCAAAAGUGCUAUUCUUGUGGAGAAUUUGGACACAUUCAAAAAGACUGCACCAAAGUGAAGUGCUAUAGGUGUGGUGAAACUGGUCAUGUAGCCAUCAACUGCAGCAAGACAAGUGAAGUCAACUGUUACCGUUGUGGCGAGUCAGGGCACCUUGCACGGGAAUGCACAAUUGAGGCUACGGCUUAAUUAUUUUCCUUUGUCUCCCCUCCUUUUUCUGAUUGAUGGUUGUAUUAUUUUCUCUGAAUCCUCUUCGCUGGCCAAAGGUUGGCAGAUAGAGGCUACUCCCAGGCCAGUGAGCUUUACUUGCCGUGUAAAAGGAGGGAAGGGGUGGAAAAAAUUGACUUUCUGCAUUUAACUACAAAAAAAGUUUAUGUUUAGUUUGGUAGAGGUGUUAUGUAUAAUGCUUUGUUAAAGAACCCCCUUUCUGUGCCACUGGUGAUUAGGGAUUAAUGAAUGGGAAGAGUUGAGUCAGACCAGUAACCCCGUUUUGGGUUUCUUGAAUAUGUUCCCAUGUAGGAGGUAAAAACAAUUCUGGAAGUGUCUAUGAACUUCCAUAAGUAACUUUAAUUUUAGCAUAAUGAUGGCCUUGGAUUGUCUGACCUCAGUAGCUGUUAAAUAACAUCAAGUAACAUCUGUAUCAGGCCCUCCAUAGAGCAUACAGUUGAGUGGGAGUAAACAAAAUAAAAAGAGAAACAUGCAUGUUAAUGGCUGUGCAAGAGAGAAAUCGAGAUAAAAGCCUAAACAGGAAAAACUUCAUCACAGCAUUGAUGCUGGAUAUACAGACGGUGAUGACAAAGGUUUAGAACACAUUUUUUCAAAGACUAAAUCUAAAACCUAGAGUAAACAUCGAUACUCAGAGUUAGCAUAAUUUGGAGCUAUUCAGGAAUUGCAGAGAAAUGCAUUUUCACAGAAAUCAAGAUGUUAUUUUUGUAUACUAUAUCACAUAGACAACUGUGUUUCAUUUGCUGUAAUCAGUUUUUAAAAGUCAGAUGGAAAAAGCAACUGAAGUCCUAGAAUAUAGAAAUGUAAUUUUAAACUAUCCAAUAAAGCUGGAGGAGGAA